AUGAAAUUCUUCUCCCUCACCGCUCUUACCCUUUUGUUUGGUGGGGCUGUCGUCCUAGCUUCCCCGACCCCUGGCCCCAACCCAGCAGUCCACGUCGCUCGUGAAUUGCCAGAAGGCUACGAGGGUAAAUUCAUCGUCGACAUCCUCAUGAACCCGACACCGGGGAGAGUAGAUGAUCUUCACCGGUUGCUGUUGGAAUGUGCAAAGGUUGCGAGGGACCCAAGCAAAGAGCCAGGUACUUUGACUUACCGAUUGACACGUGGGUUCGGGAACCAAACUGAUAUCUUCUGGCUCUACGAAGAGUACGAGUCUCCCGCCGCUUUGAAAUUCCACCAAGGGAGCAAGGAAUUCAAAAAGCUCUUCGACUCCGGAGCUCUCGGUCCACGCAUUGAGACCUACCUCACCGAGUUCGAGUACCUGUAA